GUGUGUGUUUGAGAGUGUUUGAGAGGAACCAAAGGGAGAGGAGAGACAGAGUGGGAGCCACAGGGUGAGGAAGACACAGACGAAGAAGGAGUAACAGAGAGAGAGACAGAGAGGGAGAGAUUUUUUUUGUGUCCUGACCCCCCCCAACGACCUCCAGGAUGUUUAAGAAAAAGGAAAGUACCACAAAGGUCUCGGGCAAGACAAGCAAGACCCGGGCCAGCAACUUGGCCAUCUUGAUCGCCCAGAUGCAAAAGAAUGCCGACACGGUGGAGAAAGACAUCCUCCGUGCCGAGGAGCUGCUGGCGGUGGAUGGCGAGAAUGACAAGAAAGAGCAGCCGACCCAGCACCAGGCCGAGAUAUCGGACAAGCUGGGCGAGGCCGAGGUCCUCCUGAAAGACCUCUUCCUGGACGUCGACAAAGCAAAGAAGUCCAAACACCCGCAGGCUCUAGAGAUCGAGAGCGAUGUCCUCCUCCUCCACGAGCGCUGGUUGAAGGACUGCGCCUUCUACCGAGACAUUUUCGAGCAGGUCGACGACGUGUCGCUGAUGCCCAGAAUCGACUGGGGACCUGUUCUCAACCAGAAACAAAAACUGGUGAGCGCGGAGGUGUACGGCCCCACCAUGGCCGACCUGGAGAAGCAGGUCGCCGCUCACAACAUCCUGCACAAAGAGGUCGAGGCCUACAACUCGCAGCUCUGCGUCAGCUCCGCAGGCAACAAGGAUAACUAUUUAGCCCUGAAGAAGCAGUACAACAAUAUACUGGAUAACUCCAAGUGGCGCCGCCACUACCUGAACAGCCUGUAUGACUACAUGAACGGCUGCAACAAGGAGCUUGUCUUCCUGGGAGAGGAGCAAGAUAAGAUCAAGAAGCAGGACUGGAGUGACCGCAUGGUGGACCCGCCUGAUGUCCGCAGGCAGUAUGAGAACUUCAAGAACAACAGCCUGCUGUCCCACGAGAGUGAGGUGAACAAACUCCAGGACGAAGGAGAAAGACUUGUUGGACUGAAGCACCCUGCCAGUGAAACAAUACAGGCUCAGAGAGAUGCUGUUCGAGGCGAGUGGCAGAAAUUCCUCAAUCUCUGCAUUUGUCAGGAGACACACCUGGACAGCUUGGAGGAAUACAAAAAGUACCAACUGGAGACUGAGCAGCUGUCAGAGACGCUGACCAAACUCAACAGCAGCCUGGACCCCAAGACCGUCAGCAAGAAGAGCAACGCAGAGACGCUGCUGCAGCUGGAGGCCGAGGAGAAGACCGUGCAGAACAGUGAGCAGCUGCUGGCCGACCUGAGGAGUCGCAGCACCACCAUCGCUCCUCUGAAGCUACGACGCGUCGCCCCUAACAGAUCCAUCACGGUGGAGUCCCUGUGUGACUGGGAGACAGAUAAGGCUUCUCUGGAAAGAGGCGAGAAAUUCACCCUGAAAUCGAACUCGGAUGACAACUGGAACAUUAUCUCCACCGAUGGGGCAACCAAAACCUUCCCGGGAGUUUGCUUCCAGAUCCCUCCACCUGAUCCAGAGGCCAUUGACAAAGUGGACCUGUUGGGUGGUGAACUCGCAGACAUCAAGAAGAGAAGAACUGCUCUGGUGGCAUCGCUGAAGAAUCACAAAGCCGAGGUCUCCAGGUCCCUACAAUCAGCCCCAGUGUCUUCUGCCCCACCGGAUCCCAAAGUGACAGCUCUGGCUCAGCAGCUGGACCAGCUGGACGGUGACCUGGCCAGCGCUGAGCAGAGCAUGCUGAGCCGCCUGCGAGCCCCGCUGAGCCGCUCAGACCCGGCCGGAGAUCUGGCCAAGAGGCUGAGGGAACAGGAGGAAGCUGCCAGGGCUCUGAAGGCUCUGGAGCAGCAGAAGCUGGCAGCUCAGGCUGACCUGCAGCCCCUGCUGUCCAAAGAUCCCAGCUCCUCUGCACUGCCACUCAAACUGAGCGCUGCCAACAAUAAGCACGACAGCAUCGCAGAACUCGCUGACCUCUACACCAAGAAAGGGAAUGCAUCUCUCCAACUGGAGAAUCAGAUCAAGAAGGUGGACGGCCUCGUCUCUGGGUUUGAGAAAAAGCUGAGUGACGACGGUCCAAUCCCUGACGUGCCAAGUGCAAUCCAAGCCCGCGCCGAGGACAUUCAGUACCAGCGGAAGUCUGCGGCGGCGGCUCAGGACGACAUGAAGAAGCUGAGUCAGGAUCUGGAGACCACGGAGCAGCUGUGCAGCUCUCUGCAGCAGGGCUACCAGGAGUACUGCCCUGACAUCCGGCGCCAGAGGACUGACGUCAAGCAGCUGCAGAGCCGCUACUCCAACGUGACCAACCAGCUGAAGGAGAGAGAAAACCUCUUACAAGAGGCUGCAACCAAGAACCAGGAGUUCCAGAGUACGUCCAGGUCCCUGAAGUCCUUCCUGGACAACCUGCCACGAAAUGAGAUCAACUACAACGAUAAUCUGUCUCAGGUCGCUGCCAGGCAGAGCUCCCAAGAGAGGGUGGUGGAUGACCUGAAGAGGAAGGGAGAUGACAUGGACAGAGUGUCUGACCUGUCUCAAGACCUGCAGGGUGUACUCAAUGAAUACGAGACCAACGCUGACAAAUACAACAGCACACUCGAGAACGCUGGAGUCACUAUUUCCCAGAAACCUCGUAUGCUCACACUGGCUGAGGCUGUUCAGAAAGAGGAGAAGGGUCUGGUGAACCGUUACGCUGAAGCAACAGCUGAAAACACCCAACGCCAAAAACAGAUGGGCUUGGCUACGAAUCUCCUUGUACAAAACGAAGAGAAAGUCCAAAUGGUGGCACAGCAACAAGUGCAGCUUGAAAGCAAUCAAAGGAGUUCUUUAGAGAUAGAUAGUCUGUUAAAAGAGCUGGAUGAAGAGAGGGAGAGGAAAAAUCAUACCGAGACAGACCUGAGAACCUUCAAAGACAGGAUGAUGUCACUGAAGAGUCGCAGAGGAGUGGAGCGCGUCGAGGAGAAAGAAAUACUGCAGUACUACCGCGACCCAAAACUGGAAAGCGACUUGGUCGAUCUGCAGAAAAUACUGAACGAAGAGUCCGUGAGGCGUACCACCACCCACACCGAGGUCGAGGUGUUCAACAAGAAAAUCGCCAUCGUGGAGGAAACCCUCAAAAGCUCUGCACCCAAACUGGUGACCAGAGAGGUGACGGAGUUUGAGAAAGAUCCUCAGCUGGACAUAGAAGCCGCUAAGAUUAGAGACGAGAUAGCAAGGAUGAGGGAUGAAAUUCGAGUGAGAGACGGGGAACACAUUCAGAUGAGGACAGAAGUCACGAUUCUGCAGCAGAAGGCACCGCCCAUCAAACAGAGGAUUGUUAAGAAGGAAGUGGUGAAAGUGGAACAAGACCCAGAGAUGUUGAAAGCAGUGCGAACAUUUGAGGUGGAAAUUUCUGAUGAGAGCAACAAGGUCAAGCUCCUAAACGACGAAAUCUUCCAGACAAGAAGCCAGAUUAAUGCACUCGAGAGACUGAUUCCUAACAUUAAGCCUAAAAUCAUCACUAAGGAAGUGAAAAAGAUUGAACAAGACCCUGAGCUCAUCAAUGAAUCAAAGAGGGUUCGAACAAGUGUGGAGGAAGAGAGGAUUGAAAACGACUCUCUGACCAAAGAGGUGAUGGUGCUCCACAGUCGCUACCGAGAAGUUCAAGGCUGGAGGCCAAAGGUUGAGGUGAAGGAGAUCGUUAAUGAGAUCUACCGGAUAGACCCAGGCACAGAGGUGGAGAUAGUGCGGCUCAGGAAAGACAUACAAGACACCAACAAGCAGCGCUCUGAUUUGGACAGGGAGAACAUCCAGGUCACAACUGAUGUGAAUAUCCUUCGUUCUGAGAAGCCCAAGGUGGAGGUAAGGGAAGUUCUCCAAGAGGUGGUCAAGGAGGAAAGAAGCCCUGAGAAUGAGAGAGAGAUCCAGAGGCUAAAUGAUCAGGUGAACUAUUUACACACCACUUACAACUCCCACCUGGAUCAAGUGAGAGUGCUCAAGAGAGAAAGAGAUGAAUGGAAAGCGGAAAAGUCCAAGAUAGAGACCAAAGUCAUCAACAGAGAAGUCAUCAAGUAUGAGGCUGAUCCUCUGCUGGAGAAAGAAGCUGACCGCUUGAGGAGAGUUGUGCGGGAGGAGGCGCAGGUGCGGCGCAACACUGAAGAGAUGGUGUUUGACCUGCAAAACAAAUACAUCCUGCUGGAGAGACAGAAGCCCGAGGAGAAAGUGGUUGUGCAGGAGGUUGUGCGUUUACAGAAGGACCCGAGGCAGAUGGUGGAGCACGACAGGCUCAGCAGGAACCUGGAUGAAGAAGUAAUGACCCGCCGUCAGAUAGACCUAGAGCUGCAACAGCUGAGAACAACGGUGGAAGAGAAACUGAGGAUCCUCAGAGAGAGCGACGUGCGCCAAAAGAGGACUCAAGCCGAGUUUGAACUCAGAGAGAUCCGACUGCGCAUCACACAGCUGGAAAAUGCCCCACCUCCUGUCGAGGAAAGUAUUGUUGUCGAGGAGGUGCUGAAGGUUGAAAGAGACCCAAAACUGGAGAGGAUGACAACCGGUCUUCGGUCAGACAUGGACAAGGAAACCAGCAACAUCCUGCGCAUCCAGAGAGACAUCCGUAACAUCACCCUAAAGCUUGAGAUCCUGCAGAAGGAGAAGUCUGGUGAGAAGACGGUGUACAAAGAGAUUGUCCGCGUUGAGAAAGACCAGGCCGUCGAAUCCGAGAGGGAUCGCCUGAGGGAACAGGUGUCUGAGCAUAAAUUUGCUAGACAGGACCUGGAAGAUGAACUCAGACGCCUCAAUGGGAAAAUCACCCACAUGAUGGGCAGCAAAUCGAGCUCUUCAAGAGAGGAGAGUACCCUCAAUCUGAACCGAGAUGCCUUACAGAGGGAGAAGGACAACCUCACUCGGGAGCUCAGGACACUCGAUGCCUCGAGACACGACAUCAGCCUGUCCUUCCAGCAACAGAGCAGGCUAAUGAGUGAGAGAACGCAGACGAGCAGGCAGAAGAGCCUCAAGAUGGGGUCUGACUCUCAGCGUCUGGAGAGGGAAAUCCUGGACGAAAAGGACAAGAUCCAUCAGCGAGACAGCGUCAUCCGGGAGCUUCUGCUGAACGUGCAGAAAGAGGAGCACGCAGAGACAAGGACCAAAGAGACCAACGUCUCCACCAAAAUCACCAUUCUGGAUCCAGAUACAGGCAAAGACAUGUCCCCUUAUGAUGCCUACCUGCAGGGCCUGAUUGAUCGCCCACAGUACAUUCACCUGCAGGAGCUGGAGUGUGACUGGGAGGAGAUUACUUCCCUGGGACCUGAAGGGGAGACAUCUGUGCUGCAGGAUCGCAAGAGUGGAAAGCAGUACUCCAUCAAAGAGGCCCUUAAGGCAGGCCGGGUGACAGAGUAUGAUCUCCAACAGUACAAAAAGGGCAAGAUUCCCAUCUCAGAGUUUGCCUUGCUGGUUGCCGGUGACAAUAAGAAGCAACCCCAGUUCAACUCAAUCCACAAGUCCACCAAAACUACGGUGAAUUCGACCAACUCAGUCACCACCUCUAAAGAAAUCUACCCAGUUGCUGGAGUAGUGGAUACAAACACUAACACCUGCUUUACAAUACGCAGCGCCACCCUGCGUAAACUCAUCGACCCCACUACCGCCCAAAAACUUCUGGAGGCUCAGGCAUCAACAGGCGGCAUCAUUGACAUCAGCAACAAUAUGAGAUACCCAGUUCACAAGGCAGCGCUACGGGGUCUCAUUGAGGACAGUCAACUCCAGAGGCUACUCAAUGCACAAAAGGCCUUCGCCGGCGUUGAAGACCCCAUGACCAGAGAGUGUUUGUCCGUGGGAGAAGCUGUUCAGAAAGGCUGGAUGCCGAAGGACACCGCCAUCCACUACAUGGAGGCGCAGCACCUGACGGGAGGGCUGGUCAAUCCCAACACCGGCCGCAGAAUGAGCGUCUUUGACGCCAUCGGGGCCAAAAUGAUCGACAGCACAAUGAUGAGGGAGCUGCAGUCCGAGACGACCUACGCCAAGGAUAUCGUAGACCCGAUCACGAAGGAGAAGAUCAGCUACAAACAAGCUCUGGAUCGCUGUAAGACAGACUCCGUGUCAGGCUUACCAAUGCUGCCCGCCUCCUCCAAAGAGUCUGGUUACUCUAAAUAUGCAAGAUUCUAGAUAUGUUUACUACAUAGUUGGAGUUAUCUGGUCUGUGGAGUGAUGUGGUAAAAUAUUAAAUGUACUGUUAGAUUAUGGGAAAUCCAUAUAUUAAUUACAAUGUGCAUUUUGACUCAGGAAAAGUCUUCUACUGCAAAGCUUUCUGUCUAGCCAAAUGAUUGCUGCUGCGUUGCCUUUGUUUACCAAACAUGUCUGAUGUGGGCAGAUGUUUGAUUUAAUUUAAAAAGAGAGAAUAUAAAUGCAGUUUAUUAUCUUUGAUGUUGUUGCGUUAUUAGGGAUACUGGGACAUGGUGCAAUGCUAUUUACAAAGAUUGGUUUGAUUCUGUAUUACGCAUGGGCUAUCCUUGACACUUUAAACUCAGUCUUGUUUGAUACUUUAUGAAGAAACAAAUAUCAAUAAAUUUAAAUUAUAAUGGUUAAAGAG